AGGAGUAGUAUAAGAAUCUUGCCACUUUUCCCUCUCAGUAGUGGCAGUGACCAUGACCACAAGAAAGACCAAGUUCUGUAUUUUAGGCUAAACUUCUAAGACCAUUACGGAAAGACGUGUCCAGGCAAAAUGACACCAUGCCUCCGCAAAUUUCUGAAACAAAAUUCCCAAGUAGUUCUGCCUUUUUAACUCUUGAAGAUUCUGCGAAAAAAACAGAGAAGGAUGGAAGAUGUUGUGUUUUAAUUUUGCUUUGACAUUGGAGAUCAGCUUAUGUAUAAGAAUUGCUGGUGUUCUUCCUCUUUUAAAGAAGCAAGACGACUCAAAUGAUGACCUGUAGCAGGGGUUGGUAAACUUUUGUCUGUGAAGGACCGGAUAGGCUUCGAGGUCCUCACCCACUAAGCAAGUUCUCUUCCUCGGAGCACUCAGAAGAUGAAGAAAAUGUAUAUAAGGCACUACUUAAUUGUUGAUUGUGAACCAAGAGUCAUUACUGGAGAGUACUAGCUUCAAACAUACGCUGCAAAACUUGGAAGAUAGAGGCAUCUUCACUCCAUCCUGAGAAGUUGUGCCAGAGAGCUUGAAUGAGUCUGCCCUUCUCACAACCUUUGAAAACUUCACUGGAGAACUGAGAAGAAAAUACAAGGUUAGGUACAGAAGGAGUCCACUUUAUUCAAAAGAUGCAAAGAAAGCACUGAAUUGCAUAAUGAAACUUUUAAACCAGAUAUACCUGUGCAGAUUCAAUAAGCUAGAGAAGUUUCAGAAUUUUGUUCUUCAAGGGUUGAGCAAUCUUGAGAAGGAUAUUCAGCCCCUGGAACACCUUGAAAAGGACGCUCUGGAGUUCGAGGGGAAACAGUCUGCUGAUCUGAAAUUGUUCUGUGAUCUGCAAGUGCUGAGGUGUUCCUCUGCACCCUGACCGUCUGUCCUCUGAGGAUCCGUUUCGUCUUCAGGCGGCUGUGUCCAGAAAAAAACUUAUAAUCUGGGUUACAGACUUCCAGAUGGAGGUUUGAAAUCUACCUAUAGUAGAUCUCCAUUUGCAGGUUUGAACCCCCCUCCAUACCCUGUACAAGGAGCCUUAAUGGCAUACCCUAGUUGCAGAACAUCUGUAGGGACCCUGAGGCAGCCCAUGGCGAGCCUCCCCAGCUUGCGCAGGCGUCUGAGCUGUAGCAUCCAGACCCACACUGCGAGGGCCGCGGAGCUGGGCAACCGGAUCCCGCUUCGCGCGGGUAAAACGGUUUUGUCCGUUAGCAUUGGCGGGCAUGCGCACGGACGGUGUUCCGAGGUGCGCAUGCGCAGGGACGGUGUUCCGAGGUGCGCAUGCGCACUUGUGUCUAACGGCUCAGGUUGGCUCGGCUCGGCUGGGCUCGGCUCUCUUCUGCCUGUCACUUCACUUUGUGUCAGAAACAAGCUUUCUUGGAGCUUGUGUCCAGACCGUGUUCUCUGAGUUGGAUUGGGCUGGGGGGUGGGGGGGGAGAGGAGUAGGUGAGGUGUCUGGAAGCCCACAACCGGCACCAUGAAGAAGUUCUUUACCUCCUUGAGGAAGGAGGGCGAGGGAAAGUCGCCCUCCAAGGGCAGCGGCAAGUCGCCCUCCAAGGGCAGCCUGUGGAAGGCUGUGGUGGCCCACAGGGACGAGAUUCCUGAGAAGGCCUACACGGAGACCUGUUAUGAGAUCGAUGCGAGAGAGCUAACCGAGUUCCACUGUGCUGUUUGCUUUGAGGAGGCAUCUAAAGUUGAGAACAUCCUGAGGGAAGAUCCAUCAUGGUUGGACAGCAGAGAUUGGUACCGCAGGACUGCUCUACAUUUGGCCUGUGCCACGGGCCGGGCAGAAGUGGUGAGACUCCUCAUCAAGAGAAAGUGCAAACUUAACUUGUCUGACAACAAAAAGAGGACAGCUCUGAUGAAGGCCGUCCAGUGCCAGGAGGAGGAGUGUGUAACCAUACUGCUGAAGGCUCUGGCUGAGGUAGAUCGUCAGGAUGCCUAUGGCAACACUGCUCUUCACUAUGCUGUUUCUCAGCAGAAUGUAUCAAUAGCAAAACAACUGCUCUCAUCUGGUGCAUUUAUUGAUCGCCGAAACAAGAGUCACCUCACACCACUUUUACUUGCUGUAAGUCGAAAAGAAGAGGAAAUGGUGAAGUUUUUACUAGCAUUUGGAGCAAACAUAAAUGCAGUUGAUAAGUUGAAAAGAAAUGCUUUCAUGCUGGCGAAAGAGUCUCAGUCAUCACGUGUACUCAGUCUUCUUCAGGACCAUGUUGAUAGGAUGGCCUUAGGACAGAAUCUAGACAAUGACACUCUUGCUAGUGGUUUUAAUAGAAAUAGAAUUCCCCAACAAAUUUCACAAGAUAAAGAAGAAAAGAUUCUGGAAAAUCCUUCUCAAAUUAGCAAUCCAGUAGUGGAUGAGAUUACUGAAGACCCCAUGUUCAGGAUUUCCAUCAAACCGGAUAUUUAUGGAAAACCAGAUACUGACUCAUUUUCUGAACACCUCGAUGUUGAUACCAAGAAUGUUCUGCCACCAGGGGUAAUAAAGCAAAUGACUGCUUAUGGGCGACACAUGAAAACUGUACAAGCCAAAUUUACUGUGAGAACAGAAGAUGGAACAAUGUUUGAAGACAGUAUUUUUAAUGAUCCACCUGUGGUUCCAAGCCUUCCCACAGCAUCAGUCGAUGUGCAGGGCUUUCAUGAUCCGUUCCUGCAACCACCUGGCCCUGGUCUGAAAGCUUCCUUCAAGUCUUCAACUAAGCCAGGUAGUACAGAGGAGGAGACAACAAAGCCAGCAGGUUUAAGAGAGGAAAAUGGUAUGAGUAUUAUUGAAAAUGCUCCACGAGAGCAAAAUGUAAUGUCACUUUUACUGUAACACGUGAAAAUAGCACAAGCGGUAAAUCAGUGAAUAUCUCUGAGAUUUCUCCAUGCGUAAAUACUGUCGUAAAGACACCAGUUAACAUAUGUGGCUUCAAAUGUAACAACCGUUUCCUGUAAUUAUUUUUCUUUUCCUGUUUUCCUUCAUACGGCCUACCUUUUGUUCUUUUAAUCUGCAUCGAUU